AAACGAAACGGGAAUGUAAUCGGCUCGAAAAAGCGAGAGCGAAACAGAGCCGAUGUGAAGAAUCGCGGAGGGUGAAAAUUUCUCGAGGAUUCUUCGUCGUGCGAGAAAGAGAGAGAAAGAGAGAGAAAGAGAGAGAGAGAAACGGCUCCGAUUUGCAGCCCCCGAUUCGCGAGCACGGUCACGCCGUCUUACAUAGCUGGAUUACAGUGACAACCGAGUGAGUACACGCGUGGAUAGAGUGAUAGAGUGACUGGAAAGAAAAACGGAGUGGCUUCCAGAAGUGGUCGUCCAAACCAUCGUGUGAGACAAUUCCGUCGCUCCUCCGCGAAUGCAAAGUAGGCAUCGCUAGCCGAAAGUUGAAUGGCGACUCGGUCGUGAGGGGUUGGCGAAUGAGCAAGGCGGGCCGUCGCGAAGCGGAAGAGCCGCGGAGCCGCGACCGAAAGCAGCCGAUCACGUCGUGCUUCAGCCCCGUCCUUGACAAGGCAGGGUGCUGGCAGCCGUAUCCUCCGUCAAAUCACAAUGGCGCCCAGCUCCGUGCUCGCGGAAUCGUGGCCAGCCACGAUCGACUGAUGCGGCGGCGGCGGCAGGUAUCAUCGUAGGCACACCGAUGCAUUCCCGUGUCUACAUCGGCCGCUCGAUGCCUCGCCAAUUCAAAUGAGCGGACCGCCGGCCGAUCUCUCGAAACGUCACCGCCAGCGGUUUCGCCAGUGCGAGGAGGCAACAUGAAAAGAAUCCGCGAGAGGCAUCCGCCGAAGAUAAAAGAACGAUCGUGGCAGUGAUAAUAGGAUGCGGGAGUAUGUUGAAGCGCGCGGCAUUCCCGCCUGAGGGUAUUUGGCAAUCACUCUCGCUCAAAGUCGAGUAAAUAUCGCUCAUCGAGGGAUGAAAGAUUCAAGCAAUACAGCAACGGCGAUGUAUGUGUGCGAUCUGCGAUUUAUCACCGUUCUCGAUUAAAUUCGAGGGGAAGGCAAAUCAGCGGCCAGGUCUCGAAUCGAAAUGUUCGCGAAAGAAUGGACGAAUAUCGAUGACAAAGUGACGUUUCACGCGCUUAUCGCAUCGGCUGUCUCCGAAUUGUCGCCCGAAUGAAACUCAAGGGGACGCACGAUCGAACGAAGACGGUGUGUCUCUGUUGAGACAUCGUCCUUGAAGGACAUCUCCUAUCUCCGUCGUAGUUACCGCGGCGAAGGGCACGAUGCCGCGCGAGAUCGCGGUGGAACGCGGCAAACCGGCACCGCGUCUCGCGAGCAAGUGAUAAACGACGAACGGUGAGGGCGAGUGAGGGGAGGGUGAAGAGUCGUGUGGUUCGGCAUCAACGGUUUUUGCAGGAUAACCAAUCAACCUGGCGAACCAAGAGGAAGGCCGCGGCUCGGCGGCGAUGCAGGGCAAGGAGAGCCCCAUUGGGUCCAACACCCAGGAGACCCAUCAGUACGUCGGCCCUUAUCGGUUGGAAAAGACCUUGGGAAAAGGCCAGACUGGUUUAGUGAAGCUCGGCGUACACUGUGUGUUGGGCAAGAAGGUGGCGAUCAAGAUUAUCAACCGCGAGAAGCUUUCGGAGUCGGUGUUGAUGAAAGUGGAGCGCGAAAUUGCAAUCAUGAAACUGAUCGACCACCCCCACGUACUCGGCCUCUCGGAUGUGUACGAAAACAAAAAAUAUCUAUAUCUUGUUCUGGAACACGUCUCGGGCGGAGAGCUGUUCGAUUAUCUGGUUAAAAAGGGUAGAUUGACUCCGAAGGAAGCGAGGAGAUUUUUUCGACAAAUAAUUUCCGCAUUAGAUUUUUGCCAUAGCCAUAGUAUAUGUCAUAGAGAUCUGAAGCCUGAGAACUUGUUGCUGGACGAGAAGAAUAAUAUUAAGAUAGCGGAUUUUGGAAUGGCGUCUUUACAACCCGCGGGCUCUAUGCUCGAGACUAGCUGCGGAUCGCCUCAUUACGCUUGCCCCGAAGUCAUUAGAGGUGAGAAGUACGAUGGCAGGAAGGCGGACGUGUGGUCCUGCGGGGUGAUACUUUACGCGCUUCUGGUGGGCGCCCUACCCUUCGACGACGACAAUCUGAGAAAGCUGCUGGAGAAGGUGAAGCGCGGAUUGUUUUACAUACCGCACUUCGUGCCGCCCGAGUGUCAAAAUUUGCUCAGAGGCAUGAUAGAGGUUGAUCCCGAGAAGAGGCUGACGUUAGCGGAGAUAAACAGGCAUAUUUGGGUGACGGCGGCGGGUAAGGGCGAACUGGAGCUGGAAUUGUCGAUGAUGGACGUGGUGCAGACGCACGUUAUUCCGUCCGUAGACGCGAUCGAUCCCGACGUGCUGCAGGCGAUCGCUAGCCUUGGUUGCUUCAAAGAACGUGAUAAGCUCAUCCAAGAGCUGCUCAGCCCGAAUCACAACACGGAGAAAGUAAUAUACUUUCUGCUGCUGGAGAGAAAGCGAAGAAGACCGGCGUGCGAGGACGAACUUGAGGUAAUGAGGGGCGGCAUGAGGGGAUCCGCGGGUGGACAACUGGAGGCUGAUCCGCCGAGGAAACGAGUGGACACGUGUAGAGUGAACGGAAGCACCGCGCUCAAUCUCGGACAGAUCAGUCACGGCUCACCUUUGACUCCCAGAAGACAGUCCAGCACCAGACACCAUGCGCGACGAUCGCCGAGCACAGGCGGCUGUCACACACACGCCUCCCAUUCGCACACGUCGACGCCGGGCAGUUCGCCGUUGCACGCACCUGCGGGUCUGCUGAGUCCCCACAGAGCGAUGCCGACGUCGCACAUAGGCCAGACGAUUUCCGGAAGUCCUCACAGACUGUCAACUGGUAGCAGUACCACCGCCACUUCCGCUGGAAACGGCGAGAGCCCCAUGAGUCAGAGCGUCCCGACGCCGGCGCCAGCGCUCACCAGCGUCGGUAUUGAACUCAACGAGAUGCAGCCUGUAGUCGCCGUCGGCGUUACACCGCCAGGAUCACCUCACACGGGAGCGGGAUCCGGAGCUCAUCACUGGAGAUCGCGAUUGACCACGAUCAAAAAUUCUUUCCUGGGCAGUCCCAGGUUUCAUCGCCGUAAAUUGCUCACAAGUACCGAAGAGGUGCACCUCACGCCGGAUUCUUCGCCGGAACUUACGAAGAAAUCAUGGUUCGGUAGUUUGAUGACUACGGAGAAAGACGAGACCUUCACCGUCCUGGUCAAGGGGAAGCCGCUGGCCAGUGUCAAGGCCGACCUGAUCCAUGCUUUUUUGUCGAUAGCCGAAUUAUCUCACAGCGUGAGCUCACCGAUGUCGUUCAGAGUGGAGUACAAGAGAGGUAGCACCGCGCCCGUCAUGUUCCAGAGACAAGUGCGAUUUCAAGUUGACAUUAGCGCGAUCUCGAAGGCGAACGAGCCUCUCUUCGCCAUCACCUUUACGUUAUUGAGCGGAAACAUCCGAAGGUUUAGGCGAGUGUGCGAGCACAUUCAGUCCCAAGUGUGUUCGAGGAACGUGGGUAUAAACUUGGGAGGGCAGAGCAGAGCCGCGCCGCCUAGUCCGAGGGCCUCCAGGAAAUUCACCACGGAGAUGAGCGAGAGCUCCAGCUGCGGCAGCGAUACCAGCGAGCGGCUCUUCCUUAAUCCUCAUCCAGCUACCAGACAGGUAGUCUGUUUCAACAAGAUCGACUCGGACAUCGAGUCGGACACGUCGGUGUUCGACGUGAAGUCACCGGGCCGCGAGAACGGCAGGAGAAGCUCAACGUCGACGAACAACAAUAAUGCUCUGCCGGGCGACGCGACGCCGACGCCGGGCAGCCCGCCGAAGGCGGUGCGAAGCAACUCCGAGAGCCAGAACACGCCCGAGAAGAAAUGCGUCACCACGAUGAGCGGCAACAACAUAGCGUGAUACUACCAGAACCUGCGCUUCGAGUUCCAAUCGAGUAUGAAGAACCUGUGGGACAGCGCUCAGAGAUUUUGGUGAGAUUUCUCCUCUGACGUAAACGUCCUCCGAACGUUUUAGCAGAGUCGCAGAAAUGCGUGAAGCAGUUGUACGUGUAAUACGACAUUGCAACAAUACAAGAUCGAAGAUCUAACGUCGCGAAUCUUUCCAUCGGCAAGUUUCCAUAGCGAGAGGAUCGAGAGGCGACAGCGAGGGUAGUGCGUUCGUUCGCGUGUUCCAAUAAAAUUCGAAAUAUCGAAAUCUUCAGCGUGAACUCUGACAAAUUUAUUUUCCACUUUUGGAAGUGACGGACGCCUGAUUUUGUCGGGCGAAAAGUUCGCGCGUAAAAGUUUGGUCGAACAAGUCGGAUUUAAACGCGACGUAUCAAGGAAAUCAUACUAUUCUGAUUACAAAAUAAAAAAAAAAAAACUUACGAGGAAGAGAUAUUUCUAAAUUGCCUCCAGAUAGAACCAUCACGGAUCUCGCCGUAGUGUAUAUUUCAAUAUAAGAACCUACACGAUGCGAUACACAAAGAAUCAUAUGAAGAGAGAAGAAAAGAAGAAACAAGAAGAGCAAGAAGAAAAUCUGCGAAAAGUUGUAUGUAAAAAGUGAAUUGUAAAAUAUAUCUAAAAACCGUGUUUCGCAAAGCUCAAAUGCAAUGAUGUGACGAUACCGGUGUUGUUUCGCCAGCAGAUAUUGUUGCAAGAUUGCAUCACACUGUGCAAUAUACGUUUGUCGCCGAUUCUCGCGUGUUUGCAAAUGGCGCUUUUGCGUUAGGCGUCUUUUAUUCGUUAGUUAGAGAAAAUACAAACGCCGCUUCAAGCACACCACAUCAUUAUUUCAAUAAAUUAUACGUUAUAUUCGUCCAGAUUAUGAUUUUCAUUUGCGCCCUCGUUCGGUCGUCGCGUAAUUCUUUUUCUACUUCAAAUCGAUUCUCCGUUACAUCAAUCUCUUCGAAGCAACCUGUCUGAAAAUGCGCACCGAGUACAAUCCCGACAGGAGACACGAGCCCCGGCGCGAUCGAGAGAUUUAUUUUUUUGUCACGCACGAUAGAGAGAAAUAAGGAGAUAAAGAGAGCUUUCCAUGGACACUAGAAGAUAUUAAUAAUUAUAUAUAAAUAUAUUUAAAAAAAUACACAUAUGCCAAUCUCACGAUUGUAUGAAUUGUGUAUGUGACUUCUGGGUUCGCUUUUCGUGAGCAAGAAGGAGGAAGACGACGAAGUCGACGAGGGCAUGCAAAACCCGCCGCGAAGCGUUUGAGGGCUAGUGUUGCCGAAUGUAACUCGUAUAGAAAAAAAAGUAUAUAUAUAUAUAUAAGAUAAAAAAAAAGCAGUAAGAGCUGCACUUCCCUAUGCGAUAAGAAAUAAGUAGUUAUAAAGUUAUUCUCAACACAGACAUAUCUCGAGAUUGUCCCUAUCGGCUUUUUAGUGAAAAAUGAUAUGAGGCGUAUUGUAAAUGCGCAUUUAGCACGUUUCGUUUCUAAACAAAGGUUCAUUAUAUGUAUAAGGAUACGUGGUGAUAGGCGAUUUUAUGAAGAGAGGAGAGAAGACUAGAUAAAAUAAAACGGCGGGGACGAAGCGCACGUAGAGAAAAAUUAAGCGCCCCGAUAAUCUCGAAGAGCGAUAUCUCGCAGUUCGAGAUAUCGAAUAACGAUGUUUCGAUUUGCGAGAGUCAAUGUCGAGAGAGUGCGACGCGCGUAGUGCGGAGGGAGAAAUUAUCCUCGACGAUUAUCCAACGAUGUCGCAAUCUUUGAAGUUCUCACGAUUAGGAAUUAGAUUACGUAGUGAGCGAGGAAGAAAGAGAGAGAGAAAGAGAGAGAGAGUGUGUGUGUGUGUGCAUGUGUGUGUGUGUGUAAGAUUGUGUGUAUAAAUGUUCGCACGAAUCAAAAUCGUGUUUUUUUAGCGCGCGUUGGAUCUCCCACAAAUAGACUCUCGCUUUACAUAUUACCUACGUAUUAUAUCGCGCAAUUGUGGCGAUUUGUUCCUAUAUAUAAAUGUUCGAGGGCUAUAUCUCUUCAGUCGAUUAAUAAUACGAAAGAAGGAGAGAACUAGCGAUCUCUUUUUUUUCUUUUUUUGCCCGUUACAUUUCGGAGUGAAAUUUCGCGAGACGCAAAGCGCGGCGGUGUUCCACAGCUGAAGUUUAUCGUCGGUCGAAGACGCAUUGACAGCACGCAUUUGUCAGGCGGAAGAUGAAUUUAACUGGAACGCGCGGUCGAGGAUGUGUUACUGAAAAGUGCGAGUGUGAAGAUUUGUGAAAUUGUUAAUUCUUAAUUGUUCUUAAUUUUCAUAGUUGCACACUCGCGCUUGAACGUUUCAACAGUGAUCUAAAUUAUUAACAAAAAAAAUCAUCUUUUAUUUGCACGCUCCUUCCUAACGCGCAAUUCUAUUACUUUCAUUAUUACAGAAAGGAAUUCUUAGAUUUCAUCAAAGAGGAAACAAAAAAAAGAGUAAGCUUCAGCAUUAGUUAGUUAAGAGUUCUAAACGCACAAUAAUCGGAUAAAUUGUCCAUAAACUUGUCAUAUUGUUGAUCGUACUGUAAUUAUGAAGAAAUACGUGACGAAUGCCGUUAUACGAAUACAGCCGUGCUUGAUUCGCGAUGAAAAGCCAUCCGUGCGCAUUGCUCGCAGAAAGAACAAGUGAUACCCUCUGAAAUUGCUAACGGUGUAAAUCAUUUCUCUUUGUUAGAUAUUUUUGCAUUGAUGAAUCGGGCUUUGCAAUAUACGCAAAAAUUGCGAAAUUAUCUAUUAGCAUGUGAGAGUGAAAGGAAGAGAGAAAGAAAGAAAGAGAGGGAGCGAGAGAGGAAGAGAAAGAGAAAGAGAGAGAGAGAGUGUGUGUGCCUUUGCGUAUGUAUUAUGAGUCAGAAUAAGAAAGAAAAUGGAGAUUCUCGUUACAUAGAAGAUGAAUGUGGACAUUACAGGAUACACACACCCACACCCACACAUACACCACCACGUAGAAACUAAAUUAGCAUAAGCUUGCAAUUAUCUAUUUACUAAUUGCGGUUAAAUAUACAACUCUAAUCAUACAGUAAGUAUAUUAUAAUAACAAAAUGAGAGGAAAGGAAGAGUAGUGAGCGGAAGAGGGCGAUUAGAGAAAGAGGAAGAGGGAUAUGAAACAAAUUACCGGCCAUAUUAAAUUAGGAUUUUAUAUUGUGCAAAUCUGUGAAUGUGAGCUAAGGAGGAGAACUAAAGUACUUCAGUAUGCAAAUUCCUAUUAGUGAACUCGGAUGAAUUACCGCACCGGCUCCGCGCGCGGAAGAUGCAAAUUUUCGGAACGAAUCUCUGUCUCCCGUUUCGCCGCACGAGAAUAAGCUGUGAGACAUAUCCGCGGGAUAUUUUCCUGCGGAUCGAUCCGGCGGAUCGGCACCACGCGCGUCGAUCCGCCGCGUCGGUCGCGACGAAAUAUCACUUACCGACAGUAGCCGGGCCGCUUAUGCACUCGCAAAAAUCUCUUGUACGAAAGAAAGAACAGAAAUACUCGCUAUCUCUCGCGUGUCUCCAAUUUAUUUUUCGAUUCGCUUUUGCAUGUCGCGAGAUGCUGCGAUUUGCUGCGUGCGAGCAAUUGAUUCUGCAAAUUGUUAUUCGCCCGAGGAAACUCAGACCGCCACUACUGAACCGAGACGGUUUCGAUCGGCGCGUUACUGCAUUUCUUCAAAUGCAAUCAAUUCAAUUUGCAAUUUGCUUGGCGAACGGUAACUCAGAUUUCUCUUUCGCGUCUCCAGCUUUAUCGCUACUGCACAAAUAAACGUCCGCGCUCGCGGCAAUCCUGUUUCCGGCGGAUAACCGAAGAUCGGUUAAACUUAAAGCUCGCGCGCGGAUCGCAGCGAAAUAUCUCACCAAGAGAGACACACAGGUCUGCAGGCAUUAUACAACACAAAUUCCCGACAUAUUAUACUCUUAAGGCGCUAUAAGCUAGGUUGAAUAUAGGAGAUUUUUAUACGAUUUAUAAGACCAAAAAUGCAAUUUGCGCGAUCGAUUGAUUUAUUAUCGCACAUUUCUCCAUUGGCAUUUUGUUGAAUGCGCCCUGUAUUCUUCGGAGUGUGCAACCCGCGUGUGCAUUCCGCUGAAUUACGCGAAUUCCGUCGCGAUGGCGAUCUGAUAAGCAUAUCAGGCGUCUGAACUGAGUUCUGAACAUCGUGCUUUCUUUCAAAAUUCGACGAUGGCGAAAGUGGCAGCAGUGAAAAAGAAAAAAAGUUCUCCCUUUGAUCGGUCUUUACGAACUUGCGCUACACGAUUGCACAACUCCCCCGAGAGUUCGCAGUGUAUCUAUAGUUUAUCAGGACUCAGAGGGAUAAAAAACGGCGACGGAAUCGCGCGAGUCGCUGCGACGUGCCUCGCGUCGUCCUCAAGUUCCUCAAGAGGACGCGUCUUACCUAUUGUAAGAUACACAUACGCUCUUGUCCAAGUGAGAAUUCCACGUGGGUUAAAUUAGUAUCAUGCUUCUCUGUCACGCAUCCAUAUGAAAAAUACUCAUCGGCGCGAUCGUCGCGCCUGUCAUACGUACCUAUCUCUUUGACUAUCACGCUGACCUUUCGUAGCCGCGACAAACGACGAGGUCCAAUUAGUUUUAGCCAAGAUUUAGUAAAAGCGAGGAAGAAGACUAAACUCUCACCGGAUGUUUUUGUGGUAUCGUAUAAUCCUGACGGCAAGAAUGUUCAAGAGACAUCAUUACGACCUUGUUCUUUUUUCUCUCUCUUUUUGUCUUAUUUAGGAAGAUACGACUGCGAAAGCACCCCCUUCGAGACGACGCUUCUCUUUAUCGUAUACACUGUCGAUUGUGUUACGCUUAUUGGUUGCAAAUAAUGAUUGCACCACCGAUUGCACUAAUCGCCGGGUCUUGUACAUCAGCACCUAUCGGUCCCUUAUCAUCAUUUUGUAGAUUAGGUAGGCAGAAUUAGCGAGUAACACGCGAGACUUUGAGGGAUCAUGCUAGGUUUUACUAAUGAUCGAGGAAAACGUGCUGUGGCUUAAACCAGUAGAAGCGUGAAUGUGUUUCUCAAAUAAAAAAUUGUAAUAUAGCGAACAAUUGCAGCAGCGGCAAGAAAUAAAUCUCGCGAUUGAAUAGAAUGAAGAAUCGAAAGAAAAGAUCUGUCUGUUUUAAAGCUGACGUCGGUUUAAAUAUCUCUGAUACAUAAAUCAGAUACAAUCGAACUCAAUUAUGUGGAAAGAAACCAACUUCAAAAUGUGAUACAGCUAUUUUAGCAGAAUUAGAUGUUGAAAAAAAUUCCACGAUGACAAAAAUAUAUGACAAUUGAUUUUUGAUAAUUGUUCAUUAUCUCUCUUUCUCUCGGCGAUAUUUUGCAGAAAUUAACAGUUGAUUUCUUUCUGCACAAUUACGUUUAACCAAAUUAGAUCAAGACAAAACAUUUUCUCUCGGUAUCGUUAACGAUUUUGCCGCGUUCGAAAUACCCGAUAAUAUGUUUCUUUUCAUCGAACAGUAACAAAAGUAUAUCGCGAAACAUAAAUCUGGCAACAUCUUCCUCGCGUUACACGUUUUGAUCUAUAGUAGACGCGCAUAUGUAGUAUGCGCUGAAUAUUUAGUGACGUCCAAACAAACUGACAAUAACGGCUGUGAGUGAGCGGUAUUCUUUUUGAAAAAAAAAUCUAUUCUAGCGUAAAAAGCGCGUUCCGCUUGAUUUGCCAGUGCAAAUCGGACGAUUACCGUGUCCGAUCGAUGUUACCGCAUCCAGCGCAUGCACGCAUCAAUGAUUUACAUGGCAGCAGAGUUACAAUAAAUUUCGGUCGACGCGGAUCCCAAUCAACGCCGAUCCGGAUUCGAGAUACAGUAUACGUACCCGUUUCUCCUCGCAUUUUACGUAAUCUCUAAAAAUUCAAC